GUUAGCACUUAGACUGAUUUGCGUAUGACACUCGAUUUGGUGGUUCGUUUAUUUAUAAACUGAAACAAUGUGGACGCUGAAAUUGCUGCAUUUGGUGACGGUCGCCGGCAUAGUUACAGUAUGUGGUGCUGCGCGAUUGUCAGCCCAGUUGCCUCCUACUACGACGACAGUGUCGCUGACUCCAUCUAUGUCUCCAGUGCCGCUUACUAUUCUGCAGGAACAGCCGACGCAGCCGGUUCCUCCCGUCUGUGCAGACGCUAUCGAUGUCAACAACCCGUUAGGAAGGCUACGUAGCGCCAUGAGAAACUCUGCUUAUACACAAAUGAACGCGUUCUUUGAUGCUUUCCUUAUAUUCUAUACUGAUGAGCAUUUGAGCGAGGAGCCCCACAAAUCGGAACGGCGAUUGGAAUACGUCAGCGGAUGGGACGGCUCCGGAACGGGUGCCGUAUUAGCAGACGGCGGUGCUGCCAUAUGGGUGUCAUCCGGCGACGUCCGGCGAGCGAGGGCCACGCUCACCUGCGCGUGGCUCGUCAUCGAUGCUGACGAUCCUAGUCAACCAACUAUAACCGAAUGGAUUUCUGAGCGGUUAUCUCGCAGCGGUCGUGUCGGCGGUGACGCUCGUCUGACAUCUAUGGGCGAGUGGCAAGUCUUGUCCACAGCCCUACAGCGCGAGGGGCUGCAACUAGUACACAUUCCAACAUUGGUUGAUCAGCUUUGGAACGAAGAGCCUGACCCAGACCGCACUAGACCCGACUUCCCCAAAACUGUUGCUAAAAAUUAUGAAAUAGAGCAUGCUGGCGUCAGUUGGCGUGACAAGGUGGCCCUGGUUCGAAGUGAGCUGCACGCCGUGGGAGCUGAUGCCAUGAUCGUGACGGCUUUGGAUGAAGUAGCUUGGUUGUUAAACGUGCGAGGAAGGGACCUGCCAUUUGCCAGAUUGCUUAAAGCCUUCGUGUAUAUCACCCUGCGUGAAGUCAAAGUGUUCGUACCACCAGGAAAGCUGUCCGUUCAUGUACGAGACGCACUCCUGUACAACUGUUAUGCCAACAACUGCACCAAGGUAAAUGAGUAUACGAGCAUAUACUCAGAACUGCGACGGGUACCAGAUUCCAAGAUCCUCAUUCCUGCAGCGGGUACAUUCCAACGCGGUGCGUCAGCUGCUAUUGCUCAGAGCGUUCCGCCUGCCAAGAGAAUGUUCCUGCUCUCCCCUAUCAUAUAUCUGAAGGCCCAGAAGAACGAGGCUGAGGUGAAGGGAAUGAAAAAAGCGCACUUGUGGGACGCAGUUGCCAUGUGCACUCUGCUGAGCUAUCUUGAGAGUAAAUCAGCACUGAGUGAAAUGUCAGUGGAGCGCACUGUGGACAUAACCCGAGACACGCAAGCGGGAUAUAUUGGACCUGCAAUGAAAACGCGUGUUGCUUUCGGUACCAACGCCGCGGAUCCCGACUACCGAGCGACGAACGCCUCCAACAAACUCAUCACCAAGAAUUCCACGCUUAUUAUACAGUCCGGAGGACAGUACGAUGAGGGGACUACAAUAGUAACUCGUACAGUACACUAUGGAAUGCCAACACGUGAGGAGAGGCGGGUAUACACCACGGUGAUGCGAUCCUUGGCAGCUUUAGCAGGGUUACGCAUCCCAUCCACUUUGCCAGCGGCGCAUAUUGACCCUGUGGCUCGGGCUCCACUUUGGGCUGCCAAACAGGAUUAUCCACAUCUUACAGGACACGGAGUAGGCGCUGCCCUAUGUCGUAAAGAAGAUCCAGUUGUGAUUGACUACAGACAAGACACAAAUCUCCAUACCUUGAGGGAAGGGUAUUUUAUUACGGCCGAACCUGGAUGGUAUGAGACAGGCAAAUAUGGAGUGCGUUUGGGAAAUGUUCUGGAGGUGGUGUUGAGGCCGAACGGUUAUUUGGGAUUUCAAGAGGCGACUCUCUUGCCAUACGAGCCUAAGUUAAUAGACAGGAGUAUGCUUACCGAGUACGAGAUUUUAUGGUUGAAUGAUUACAAUAAUAGGAUAAGAAAGGAGGUAGGGCCUGAACUGAAGUCCCGCGGUCUCACUGACGUCUUGUACUGGAUGAUGAAUAAGACUGUGCCCUUCGAACUGCCUUCGAAAGCCAAGAAGCUAGUCAGUAGCUCCGCUGAACAUAGUCAUGCAACGAUCUCUGUACUUCUAAUACCAAUUAUUUUACGUUUUGUGUAUUAAAAUAAUAUUGUUAUCUUUAUACGGUAUGGAUCUAAUUAUGUAACACUGUACCUAACGUUUCCUUAAUUAUUUAUCCCUAUUAAAUUAUUAAAUGUUCUAAAAUGUUCAUCUUAUAUCAAUGUUUGUACUUUAAUACUUAUUUAAGACAUAUGUUUAAAUACUUAGAG